AUGGCUGCCAGACGACGGAGAACGAGCGGCUGGAAUUUUCCUCUUGAUCCGGUCGGUUUUCUGCAAAAUCCGGCGACGUCGCUGCCGGCUGGCGUCGGAGAACAGGUGGGGAAGGACGGCGAAGUCAAGCCGGUCAUUUUGGGACCGAUCCCGGCCCAGGUGGUGGCCGGAGGUGGCGGUGGCAGCCGGUGGGCGCGCGGCUGCUACAGUAACCGGGGGGGGAUUUCGCGACAGGGAGGGAGAGAGAGACACGCGGAGAGAGAGAGAGAGAGAUAUAUAUAUAUAUAUAUAUGA